AUGGCAAACGCAUUGUCGUCAUUAUCACAACACACUGAGAAAUCUCUCGUUGAGGAGAGAGAAGAAGUUAUGGUUUCUGAGAAAGGUCACAGCUUGAGAAAAACACAAUUUCUAAAACCGUUUACUACCUCCAUCGAUGGCUCUGGUGUAGCCGAGCUUCCUCGUCAACGUCUGUCUGUUUCGUCUUCGAGGGAAUCCUUGUGGAGCUUCUCUGGGUUUUGGUUUGCAGAUCGUCAUUUUGUAUCCUGGUUUAGAAAAAUGGAACCUUUGCACGGACCCAUUUGGGAAAAAGCUGGGAUUUUUGAAGCAAUCAAGGCUUCUACUUACAAUAUCAGUAAAAACGAGUCUCUGAUUCUCUCUGUUGCUGAGAAAUGGUGUCCCGAAACCAAAUCAUUCGUCUUCCCUUGGGGUGAAGCAACGAUAACUUUAGAGGAUGUGAUGGUGCUUCUAAGGUUUUCAGUUUUGGGCUCUCCUGUUUUUGCUCCUCUAGAAAGCUCGGAGAUGAGAGAUUCCGUGGAGAAACUGGAGAAAGUAUGGCAUGAGCAUGUUAGAACAGAUGACAGGCGUGUGUAUGAGACUCCAUGGUUUUUGAGCUUCUUCGGUAGAGGUGACCAGUUGGAGCAUGAAGCGUUUCUUGCAUUGUGGCUCUCGUUUUUCGUUUUUCCAGGUGCAUGUCGUCGUUCUAUCUCCAAGCGUGUGUUCCCAGUGGCUGUUCGUUUAGCUAGAGGUGAAAGGAUUGCUCUUGCCCCUGCUGUUCUCGCGAGUAUCUACAGAGAUUUGGGUCGAAUCAGUGGUUUGGCUACACAAAGACGUGAUUGCAAAGUUAAUCUCAAGUCUCUGUUUAAGUUAGUCCAAGUAUGGACUUGGGAGAGGUUCAAAAACACGAGACCAAAACCUAGAGAGAUACCAAAAGGUGAACCUAGAAUAGCUCAGUGGCAACAAAGAUCUGAGAAUAUGACAUGGCGUUUUGAUGAUUUUGAUUGGCGUCCUUACACUAAGCCUUUGAAGAAUUGGAACCCUCUUAGGUUUUACGUUGAUGAAGCUAUGUGGGUGACUGUUAAUGAUUGUCUUGACGAUGAGUUUGCUUCUAUUGCUCGGUGUGUGAGAGUUUCUCAGCUUGCUGGAGAUGGUUUUGUAGAGGAUUACUAUCCAAAUCGAGUGGCAAUGCAGUUCGGUUUGGCUCAGGAUCUGCCUGCGUUGGUUACUCGUCAUAGCAACCUCACUGAAAAGGAGGCUUGGGAUGAUUACAACAAGUCUCUUGAUGGUUUGAAGCUGUACAUGCCUUCUCUCCUUGCUAGAGGUUCUGUUACUGCAAGGUAUAAAAGCUGGUGGCUGAGAUCAGUUUCAGAGUUUCUGAGUUCUGAAGAGGUGCAGAAACAACCAACUAAAACUUUGAAUGCAAGGAAUACAUUUUAUGAUGAUGAUGAUGAUGAUGAUGAUGAUCUUGAUGUAUCUCCCAAAGUAUUGCCUUUGAGUCAGGUGGUUCAGAAAUUGGAAGAAGGCUUUCCUAUAAAACGGAAAAGAUCUAGAAUGCGUAGAUUGGCAAAGAAAUGUAAGAACAAUCUUGUGUCUUCAGGCUGGAAGAUGAACAAGACAAGUGAGGAUUUGACAAACAAGAGAAGCAAUUACCAACCUGUGCAGAUGAAGCGAGCUCAUGAGGAUGGUGAUCAGAUUUCUAUGGAUGAUGAAGAUGAUAACAUGACCAUUGCUCGAAGGAUCAGUUCUAGGAAGACGUAUUAUAGUGAUGCAGAGAACACGGAAGGAGAUGCUAUUGAACCUCUUGGAAAAAGGAAAAGAAAAUUUCAGGUGGUGGAUAGUGAUGAUUCAGGGCCUUGUCAGAAGCUUGCUUCAGUAAAAUUAGAGCAAAGGAGUGAAGAGGAGGAUGAAACUGCAAGAAAAGCACAAAAGUUAAGGCCAAUCUGUAAUGAUGAGGUUGAUGUAAAUGGAAAGAGUGCACAGAAGAAGAGUAUGAUUGAUGAUGGGACCAAGAAAGCAUAUUGUUGGCUUCAUGAAUAUGAGGAAAAGAAGAGAUGCAAUGAGAAAAGAAAAGAAGGUAUUUGUGAAAGAUUGAAACAGAGAAAGAUUGCAAUAAGGGAGAAAGAGUUGGAGCUGGAGGCACGUAUUGUAAAGAUGGAGAAGACUUUGGCAGAGAUCAGAGGAUGGAAUUACAGAGGAAACCAGAUCAUAAAUGAAGUUUCUGCUUAG